UGUACACUUCCGGGUCGUGCCAUUCAGUCACAGGAUCACACAUGGUACCAGGGUUUUGUUUUAAACGGAGUACAAAUGUUAUUCUCCAGACUUGCAGUGUCGCUGAGGACCAUUCCAAAGCUGACCAGGGCACACAGAUGGCAUCAUACUAGUUUGACAAAUGAACUAAUUGAAAAUAUGGACAAAAAAGCAACAUGGGACAGAUUCUAUACAGAAAAUGGAAGCAAAGGCCAAUUCAAAAAUUUUGAGUGGUUCUUUGGAUUCCACUCAGUCAAAGACUUCAUUCUUCCUAUACUUCAGACCAUGUCUCAUUCAAACAGUGGUCCACUGAACAUCCUGGACAUGGGUUGUGGCACGUCCGCAUUAGGACCUUGUAUCUACAGAACCUCUCCAUGUGCUGUGAAGGUCAUCUGUGCUGAUAUCUCUGCAGUUGCAGUGAAACUUAUGGAGAAGCACAGUAAUUCUACAUUGGUACAGCCAUGCAAUCCAUCAUCGGAUCUUGCCUUCCUGGAGAUGGACUGCACACAGUUGAGAGGAUACUUUGUGGCCAGAAGCCUGGAUUUGAUAUUAGACAAGGGUACCACAGAUGCUUUAGUUAGGUCUAAAGAAGGUCAAGUUAAGGCUGGACAGAUAGUGAAGCAAUGUUUACAGGUGCUGAAGCCCUCAGGGACUCUCCUACAGUUCUCAGAUGAGGAUCCUGAUGCCAGGCUUGUAUGGCUUGAGAGAGAAGUUAGAGGAGCAGAACUGCCAGCUGAUGUAGGAGUUCAAGAGGUGGGAGAAUUGAGAGGGGUCAGCUAUUUUUGCUAUCAGAUUUCUCCUCAAACUUCUGAAAGGGUUUCCAAGUGAAAAUACAGUCUUUGUACAAAGAUAAUCUUUUUUUUUUUCUUUCACAAUGCACUUGCCUGAUCAAAAACCCAUUUAGAUUGUUUGCAUCAUAAAAAUAAAUGUUUUGUCUUGUGGUGCUUAAUUUUUUUUUUAUUAGGUCUUAUUAGGUGUUAUAGAGGUUUAAUUGCCUCUGAACAAUGCCUCAUUUUAUGGCCAUACACAACGAGAACUGAGUGGAUUUACAAUCGCAAGUACGCGGUCUCUCU